UGAAUGGCGGGCAUCGGCCCCGCCCCGGCCGUCCGCUGCGCUGCCUAGGUCGGCGCCGCUUCCAGUUGAGAGAUGGCGGCCGCCGCAGGUAGAUCGCUCCUGCUGCUCCUUUCCUCCCGGGGCGGCGGCGGGGGCGCCGGCGGCUGCGGGGCGCUGACUGCCGGCUGCUUCCCCGGGCUGGGCGUCAGCCGCCCCCGGCACCAGCAGCAGCGCCGGACGGUACACCAGAGGCUCUCUUCCUGGCAGCAUCUGAGAGUUGUCUACUGCAGUACGGUGGUGCCCUCUGAUGACGUCACGGUGGUUUACCAAAACGGGUUACCUGUGAUAUCUGUGAGACUUCCAUCCCGGCGCGAGCGCUGUCAGUUCACCCUCAAACCUAUUUCAGAUUCUGUCGGUGUGUUUCUACGACAGCUCCAAGAGGAAGACAGGGGGAUUGACCGAGUAGCCAUCUAUUCACCAGAUGGUGUUCGUGUCGCCUCCUCAACAGGGAUAGACCUCUUGCUCCUUGAUGACUUCAAAUUGGUCAUUAAUGAUUCAUCAUAUCAUGUUCGACCACCAAAGAGAAACCUCCUCGGCCAUGAAAAUGCAGCCACGCUGAAUGAUGUGAAGACGUUGGUCCAGCAGCUCUACACCACACUAUGCAUUGAGCAGCACCAGCUGAGUAAAGAAAAGGAGCUUGUGGAAAGAUUAGAAGAUCUCAGAGAGCAACUCGCUCCCCUGGAAAAGGUUCGGAUUGAAAUCAGCAGGAAAGCAGAGAAGAGGACCACCUUGGUGCUAUGGGGUGGGCUGGCUUACAUGGCCACACAAUUUGGCAUUCUGGCCCGGCUUACCUGGUGGGAGUAUUCGUGGGACAUCAUGGAGCCAGUCACCUACUUCAUUACAUAUGGAAGUGCCAUGGCAACGUAUGCGUACUUUGUAAUGACACGCCAGGAAUAUGUUUACCCAGAGGCCAGAGACAGACAAUAUCUAUUAUUUUUCCAUAAAGGAGCCAAAAAGACACGUUUUGACUUAGAGAAAUACAAUCGACUUAAGGAUGCAAUUGCUCAGGCAGAAUUGGAUCUCAAGAGGCUGAGAGACCCACUGCAAAUACAUCUGCCCGUCCGACAAAUCGGCGAUAAAGUAAAGGAACUCUGAGCCCUGGCAGGAAGAAUACCUGUUUAUAACUCUUGCCUUUUUAAUUAAAGCAUUGCAGGUGAAAGCCGGGAGGUUUGUGGGGGUGGAGGGUUUUUACCUUUAAUUAAUAAACAAAAAGAGUCUUGGAUAAAAGGAAUGUUAAAAUCUGAAGAUCAGGCAUUGUGGAACUAUAAGUCUCCAAGGGCUUGAUGAAUAUUGUCUUAAUCAAACAACCCAGUUUCCGGAUGAAAAUGAUGUAAUUAUAUGGUUGGGAAAGUCAAAGAUUAUGUGAUUUCGGGGGUGCUUCCUGCAUCUUUGCAGGGGCAGCAGAACUACAAUGCACCAGCACCCCAUCCAGCUCUGAUUUUUUAAUUUAACUUCUCUUUAUUUUUUUUAAACAAAAUAGUAACUAACUGCACCAGAAAAGCAAACCCCUAAGACAGGUGGCUUGAGAGUCAGAGCCAUCAUCAUGGUUUUUGCUUCAGCAAAGUGAUUUUUCCAUUGAGAACCAGGAGUUUGUCUCCCUUGUGCACCCCCUUUUCGCUGACUCCUCCAUACCUGUUUGUUAGAUUUAAACAGUUUUAUCCAAAUAAGCAAUGAAAGCAUCUGACUGUUUGAUAAUCGACACUUUGAAUUAUUCCCUUGUACCUUCAUAAAUUGACAUAUCCCAGUGCUCUGGAUCGACACAAGAAAUCAAUGGCAACAUUGCAUGAGUUUUUCUAAUAAUCAGUCUUGAACGGGAGGAAGAUUUCCUUCUCUCUUCUCCGCCUCCCCCCCAUUUCCCCGACUCUUCUGCCCUUCCCCAUUUCCCGACUCUUCUGUCCUUCCCCCCCAUUUUCCCUUCUCCCUCCCCGCUCCACAUCUGAGGUCACCUGGAUUAUCCAAUCCAAGGUUUACAAAGCUGGCUCAGAAUCACGAUGGGUAGCAAUUCCAGAAUUAUGACACUAGUGUUCAUCUGCUUGAGGGACAGCGGGCAAAGCUGUGUGUUGGCACUCUGCCGAAGGCUGAGCCUCCACUACUAAAGGACGCAGACUUCCACUUUGAUUAGCCCUCAUCUUUCCUGAGUUGGAGGGAGCCUGAGGGCUGGAUUUUUAUCCUAAGUGGAGAACACAUUUCCAUGACUCCCCUCCCCUUUGCCUAUUCUUUACAUAUGACUAUUUUCUCUACACAGUUUUUCUCCACACUAUUUUUUAACCGACAGAUGACAUAGGCAGGCCCCCUGCCCUCCUCCAGUGUGAGUUUUUCUACCCUGUUCCCAUAAGUGUCACAGGACAGGAAUUGAUGUCUCUACAUCCUGUUUCUCACAAGCCUGGGACAGGAUGGAAAGGAGGGUGCGAGCUUAGCCUACAGCUGAUUGGCUUUCUUCCCUUGUGAGACUCAUUUCUCAUUUUGGCAAGGGGCUCCUUCUGGCUCCUCUCUCCUCUGGGAGCCUUGUGUGUGAGCGAGAGACGUGUGAGGAUGACAAAGUGACUGAGACUCCAGGUGCCUUUCAGAUGGGGACGCGGAGCUGGGAUUGCCGCCGCCGCUGCUGCCACAAACCGUGUGGGAAUGAACGGAUGCAUGUUUGCCCCUUCCAGUCCCUCUGUCCUUUUCUUUUCCUACUCUGUUCCCCCCUUCCUCGAGUUUUGUUUUUGUUGGUUUUUUUAAAAAUUGUGUGAAUUACUUUUUUAAAAAAGUUGUAUCAUGUUUGUGUGCUGGCAGCACAGUGCAGUAGGCAAAUCCUUUUGGGGGUGGGGGGAGGAAGAAGGAAAAGGGAAAAGGAGAGGGAGAAAAGGCCUUUAAACAGAUGGCAAAAUAUUGAACAUGUGUAAAAUCCUGUAUCAUUUAUGAAAUAUGUAUAAAAGAGCAAUGUACCUUCUGGAACAAUAAAUAUCUAUUCAGUUUUUGAA